CUACUCAUUGCCACCACCCCGGGGAAAGUAUAUCACUUCCCCUUUUCUUGCACCUUUACCAGCGAUAACAGCGCACUUUCAUCUACCCUUCAAGCCGUCUGCACAAUUGCGACUGCUUGACCGGUAGGAUAACAAAAGAAAACUUUUGCAAUCAUGUCGAAGCCUGAAGAGAAUGUCGACCUUCAAAUCGCCGACGGCGAGAUUGAGUCCAACUGGGACACGGUCACCGACAAUUUUGACAACAUGGACCUGAAGCCUGAGCUGCUCCGAGGCAUCUACGCUUACGGUUUCGAGCGGCCGUCGGCAAUCCAGGCGCGUGCCGUGGUGCCCAUCAUCAAGGGCCACGACGUCAUUGCCCAGGCGCAGUCGGGCACUGGCAAGACGGCCACCUACUCGGUUGCCAUUCUCCAGCGCAUUGACCCCGCCAACAAGAACGUGCAGGCGCUCAUCCUGGCUCCUACCCGUGAGCUGGCUCAGCAGAUUCAGAAGGUCGUCAUCGCCCUGGGUGACUACAUGAACAUCAACUGCCACGCCUGCAUCGGCGGCACUGCCGUCCGCGAGGACAUGGCCAAGCUCAACGAGGGCUGCCAGGUCGUCGUCGGCACGCCCGGCCGAGUGUACGACAUGAUCAACCGACGCGCCUUCAAGACGGACAACCUCAAGAUGUUCUGCCUUGACGAGGCCGACGAGAUGCUCUCGCGCGGUUUCAAGGACCAGAUGUACGAGGUCUUCCAGCUCCUGCCCCAGGACACUCAGGUCAACCUCCUCUCGGCCACCAUGCCCCAGGACGUGCUCGAGGUCACCAAGAAGUUCAUGCGUGAUCCCAUCCGCAUUCUCGUCAAGCGUGACGAGCUGACCCUCGAAGGUAUCAAGCAGUUCUACAUCGGCGUCGACAAGGAGGAGUGGAAGCUCGACACCCUCUGCGACCUGUACGAGACCGUGACCAUCACCCAGGCCGUCAUCUUCUGCAACACCCGCAGAAAGGUCGACUGGCUCACUGACAAGCUCCACGCCCGCGAGUUCACCGUCAGCGCCAUGCACGGUGACAUGGAGCAGGCCCAGCGAGAGAUCAUCAUGAAGGAGUUCCGCUCCGGAUCCUCGAGGGUUCUCAUCACCACCGAUCUUCUGGCCCGUGGUAUCGACGUGCAGCAGGUCUCGCUCGUCAUCAACUACGACCUGCCAUCGAACCGUGAGAACUACAUCCACCGUAUCGGUCGUGGUGGCCGAUUCGGCCGUAAGGGUGUUGCCAUCAACUUUGUCACGGCCGAGGACACCAGGAUGCUCCGAGACAUUGAGCAAUUCUACUCGACCGAGGUCCAGGAGAUGCCCCACGACGUCGCUGACCUGAUCUAAGUGUAGUCACUUAGACGUUCCCACCCAAAAGGAAAUCCUAUACUUUCCACUUCCUUCUUCUCCUCUUCUUUGAUUUCCCAUUUUGUUGGUCGGUCUUUGUCAGACUCGCCUCGUCGAAACGGACACAUACCUCAUUUGUGGGGUUGCCUUCCCUUUUUACCCAUACACCCACCGCCUCCUACGUCUUGUUGAUGCCAACGUCUCUGUCUUUUUUGUCUCCGCAAGAGAAAUGAAACGGUAGUAACGAGCCACAGAGUCAUGAAAUCAUGGAAAGAAUCUUCAUUCUGCUUUGGCAGGUACAGC